UUUCUACAGGGAACCACUGUCAUUCCAUUGCUGACCUCUGCCCUAAGAGAUAAAGCUUACUUUGAAAAACCAGAGGAGUUUUAUCCUGAACAUUUCCUUGAUUCAGAUGGAAGUUUAAAGAAGAACGAAGCAUUCAUACCAUUCUCACUAGGUAAGAGAAGCUGUGCUGGAGAAAACUUGGCAAAGAUGGAGCUGUUCUUGUUUUUUACAACACUGCUGCAAAACUUCACCUUCCAGACCCCUCCAGGUGCUAAGUUGGACCUAACCCCUGCAAUGGGUUUCACCAAUGCCCCUUACCACAUAAGAUCUGUGCUAUUCCUCGCAGCU